ACAUAACUCGCAUUACAUGUAACGCAUUACCUCUGUACUGCCUUUUAAAAGACAAGAGUUUUAAUAAAAUUCAAGCCUUUUAAAAACUGUGAGACUCUUUUAAAAGUUAGCAUUAGCAAACAGCAAAGAACCGUUUGUUUGGACCCCUGAUAUUAAUCCCUAUGGGAUGGAGGUGCGCACACUAAUGAAUUAGGCUGCUAACUAGUGAGAGCUUAAUGAGCCUGGCGGGAACAGUGAGUCCCUGGUGUGUCCUAAUGCAUGUGUAUCUCUGGUGGAAUCUCACCGGCCCCUCAUGGUAUCUUCUCCUUCAGCGACAGGACCAGGAUGGAGCAGAUUUGGCGUGUUGGGCUGAUAUAUAUGUGGUAACUGUGGUGAUGAAGGUAUGAGGUCACCGAGACGUCACUGAGAGACGCUUCAUAAAUACUGAAAAAUCUGGAGCGUUUGCAACACUCUAUUGAUAAGGAAUGGCUACUACGGCUAAACCCCUGACCGUCUCUCAGCGCGCACUUUCAUCUCCACUCUAUAUCGCCUUUUACAUGUUUCUGGUGCUGCUGGGGAACGUGGGGAACAGUUUGGUCAUCGGGGUGGUCGGCGAGGGCCUUCUGCGGGAGCCGGGAGUCGCCCGCAGCUCCGAUAUUAUCCUGGUCAACAUGGCUUUAUCCAACCUGAUGGUGUCGUUGACAAGAAACUCUCUUCUGGUGAUUUCCGACAUGGGAGUGCAGGUUUUCCUCAAUAGAAACUGGUGCCGCUUCAUGAUGGGCCUGUGGGUUUGGGUCCGCUCUGCAAAUGUGUGGUCGACGUUUUUUCUGAGCGCAUUUCACUUCCAGACACUGCGUCGGGUCGCUCCGCCUGUCUCAAAUGUGCACGGUCACCCCGGACCCCCUCGAUCUCUCAUAUUUGGCUUGUGCCUCAUCUGGAGCCUCAACAUGAUCUACUCCAUCCCUGCCUUCAUCUUCUCCAAGAACGGAGACACGAACUCCACAGAGUCACUGAUGUUGGUGAGCAGCACCACUCGGCCACUGCUGGGCUGCAUCUGGGACUUUCCUUCAGCCUACAGCGGCCUGGCCUUCGCCACCUCCUCCAUGAUCCUACACGAGUCCAUCCCCAUCUGCCUGAUGAGUAUCACCAACAUGGGCUCACUGUUGGCUCUGUACGCUCACGGUCAGGCCCGGAGAGCUGCCAAGAAGAGUCCAGACGCUCCGGUGGUCUCCCGCAUCCCUGCAGAACGACGGGCGGCAAAGGUGAUUCUGGCGCUCAACAUCCUCUUCAUUCUGUCAUGGGGCACCAGCAUCAUCUCCGUCAACUAUUUCAACUAUAACCGCGGAUCGUCCACAGAAUGGCUGCUCAUUGUCGCUCGUAUCGGCAACAUCACCUUCAUCGCACUUUCACCGAUCGUCCUGGCGGUGGGACACCGGAGACUGCGAGCGUUUCUAGCGUCAAUCCUGACACGUUUAAUAGCUCUCUGUCACCACCUAUGGACAUGCAAGCUUCACAAAUGAAAUAUAUAUCUAGAAUUAUUCACACCCCUGGCAAAUUCUGACUUACAGUUUCUGUUCAAAUGUAAAUAAACGCUGAGAGAAUAAAUGUCCACAAUGAUGCCCCAAUGAUGCACUAUCUUUAGAGAGAAGCCUGUGUCAUUUACGGUCUAAAUUCAGAAUUUACCAGGGGUAUGAGUAAUACUGGGCUUGACUGUAUAAUAUAUAACCAUUUAUUUAUUUAUUUAUAAUAAAAUAUAAUAUAAUAAACUAUUUACAGGAUUAUGAGAUAUAUGCAAUGUGUCACAUAUUUAUUUUUAAUAAAGUUGCGUUGAUUAUCCAAGUAUGAAGGCAGUUGUGUGGCAUUUAUUGCUGACUUUUAAUUGAUGUACCAAAUAGGAUGCAUUAAAUGUAAGUUUAUUUAUUUAGGGUGUAUUAAACGUACAUUAUAGACAUGUAAUCGAGUAGACAUAUAAACAUCAGAGAGAGAGAGAGUAGAUCAUCCAUAAUCAAGA